GCUCUGCUACAACGCCACAACAUCCUGACGCCACUGUUGCUGCUACUUUUAUGUUUUGACUGCUAGAGACCCUACAACAGUCAGAUUUCAGAAAUAGGAAGUAGCUGUUUGUUACUCUGUUCUAAACAAAAAUAUCUUUGAAAAUAAUCAAGUACAGAGUGUGGAGUAAAUCAAGAUCACAUUACGUUGCUAUCAUGUUCAGUUUUAAGAGGGCCUUUCAACAAUUUUAUGCUGACGACUAUCAACAAACAAGAAAUUUUAUUUGCAGGAAAAAAGUAAAAACUCUCCCCGUGGAGGUCUUGGAAUAUAUUUUCUGCCAAUUGGAAGACACGAACUCGUUACUUCACUGCCGCAGAGUGUGCAAAAUAUGGAACGAAACAAUUGAUCGACUAGCCGUAAGAAGAAAAAUUAUAAUUCCUUACUUCCUGCAUUACGACAAAAUCAAGCACGUGGACCAACAGCUGCAAAAGAAAUUGAAAAAGUCGGUCGAUAAAAAUUUGCUGAAAAAUCCUUAUUUCCGUCCUGAAAGAACCGGGUUCAGUAUUUUGAGACCUUCAAAUAACUUUCAACUGGUCGACAGCAGAGAGCAAAAAUGUGUCAUUCCUCAUUGGAGUGAUGCAGGAUACUUUAGAUUAGAAACACCAUCCAGUGGCACUACCUCUGAUAUUCCGAAGCACAUUCUCUAUCGCUGUGGACUCACUUCAAUGAGUGAUCUGACAGUGGUUGCGUCUUGGGGACAAGGUUGUAUCCAAUCACAGAGCAUAUAUUUGGCCCACAACAGAAUCAGUGAUGAGAUGAUGGACCAAAUUCAGCCAACGAUCGUCUGUGAAAUAUGGAUAGGCAACCGAUUUGAUUUUGAAAGUUGCGUGGUGUUAUUUUUAACUUUGCUCAACAGACCCUUCCAUAAUAUAGCGAAAAAGUUUGUGCGGAUUGAUACUCCUUUCUGUGGCAGCGGUGUUUGGAGAAAGGUCGUGAUCUCAAUCAAAAAUUACGGUCCUGGAGUCCGGUUGAUAAAGUUUUCUCGAUCUGGGAGAGAAACUGCAGAUCAAUACAGAGAGGGCAGUGAGGAGUUCUCAGGCCCUAAAUUUGCAUUGAAUCGGAUUUUUAUUCGACUUCCUAAAUAUUGACAUAGAUUUUUUCAAUUUAAACAACAUUUUAUAUUUUCAAUAAAAUGACAAAUAACCAUAAUGUGAAUCAUA